AUGUCCCUAAGGCGAGCUCUCUAUACAGUUAUGUCCGGUGUUGCUAAGCGUGAAGUUGCGUAUGACAGUGUUAGACAGAAACAACUGGUGUCUCAAUUUCUAGAAGUUGAGAACCGAGUUCAAAGUGAAGUAAAUGGGUCUAAGUCUGUGUUGCUUCUGGCUGUCUCCAAAUUGAAACCCGCCAGUGAUGUUCAGAUAUUGUAUGAUCACGGUGUCAGGGAUUUCGGUGAAAACUAUGUCCAAGAGCUGAUUGAGAAGGCUGAACUAUUGCCCACUGAUAUCAGGUGGCAUUUUAUCGGUGGGUUACAGACCAAUAAAUGUAAGGACUUAGCUAAGGUACCCAACCUGUUCUCUGUUGAAACAGUGGAUUCAUUGAAGAAGGCAAAAAAGUUGAACGAGGCUAGAGGUAAAUACCAGCCAGAUGCCAAUGCAAUUUCCUGUAACAUUCAAAUCAACACAUCACAAGAGGAUCAGAAAUCAGGUUUGGUCGAUGAGGAUGAGGUAUAUGAGAUUGUCAAGUUCUUCCUGUCAGAAGAUGCCAAGUUUGUUAAACUGAAUGGUUUAAUGACCAUUGGUUCUUGGGAAGUAUCGCAUGAGGAAGGAGAAGAAAAUAAGGAUUUCAGUAAGCUAGUUGAAUGGAAAUCUAAGAUCGAUUCCAAGUUUGGUACCGAUUUGAAAUUAUCUAUGGGUAUGAGUGCUGAUUUCAAACAAGCUAUUAGGCAAGGAACUUCUGAAGUAAGAAUUGGAACAGAUAUAUUUGGCACCAGGCCUCCAAAAAAUGAGGCAAGAAUAUUGUAA